AUGGCUGAUAAACCAUCGCCAACGCAAGAACCUACAGAUGACAAUUUCCCGUUAUAUCGCACAGCACGUAUUCAUGAUAAUGAUGAGAUACCGGCAUAUGCGCGGGAAAUUUUAUCUUCGCAGACUCUUUCAGCGUUGGAAGAAUUUUUAAAAGAGAGAAAGCAAGCAGAGGAAAAUCUUGAGCGGCUUCGUGAACAGAAGGAAAGUGGUGUGGACGACGUGUUAGAGAAGAGAGAUAGGCGGUUAGACGAAUUGGACGUUAUAGGCGAGGACUGGCAAGUAGGUCGGGAAGGUGGUCUGAGCCAAUUCUGGUAUGACGAGAAUACUAUAAACACUAUCGUCGAAGAAGUUAUAGACAACACCCCUUCAGGGGGAAGAAUUGCAUGUAUAAGUACGCCAACCGUAUUUAUUGGAUUAAAGCGCAAAUGCCCAUCCCAAUCCCUUUACCUCUUUGAAUAUGAUACGCGGUUUUCCAUGUAUGGUACAGAUUUCAUCCAUUACGACUACAACAAUCCGCAAGAAUUCAGGGACAAACUUUUUCUUCGCGGUACUGUAGAUUACAUCGUAGUCGACCCGCCUUUUUUGAGUGUUGAAUGUUUGGCGCAGACAAUGUUGACCGUGGACUUGUUGAAAAAGGAGAAUGGAUGUAAGAUAAUGGUUUGUACUGGUGCGACAAUGAGUGAUAUUGUGUAUAGAUUGUCUCAAGCUCGCAGGACUGUAUUCGAACCUAGGCACAGAGGGAAUCGAUUGAAAAAUGAGUUCCGGUGCCAUUUAAAUUAUGAGAGUGAAAAGUUACAUUGGGAUGAGAGUCAAACAUUUUACUAA